CUUUGAUGAUGGAUGCUGCUUUUCUACGGCAACGUUUCAUGUUGAUGUACUUAAUGGUUGAGAGGGUUUUGCCCAUGAUAUACUGGGCUGAAUCCAAUACCUUUUUGUAGGAUUUUCUGCUCAAAGACAUUGGUGUCCCAUACCAGGCCAUAAUGCAGCACAUUCAAGAUGAUUGUUGAUACCUUCAAAUUCUUCAUCAUUCCUCACUUGUUGACGUAGUGAAGUUGUUUCAUUUUCACUCCCAGCUGUUUCUGGCAACUUGAAGCCCGAUGACUUGAAACCACAUGACAUUUUGAAUUUGUGCCAUGAUUUUGAAAAUCAACGAGUUGCCAAGGAAGCUUAAGUUGUUCUGGAUGAAAAAAGUUAGCCUUCAACUUCGCCGCCAUAUCGCAUUAUUCAAUGUAACAUUGCAGUGUCAAUUGCAAUAAUGUUGUCUGGUAAUGUGAUAGCUACGCACAGGUCAGCGUGGGUCUCCUUUAAUGAUGAUAUACAAUGCACAGUGGAUGGAGGAGAUUCAGUUGGAGACCACAGAAAAUAUUCCCCUGUCUCGGGUACAUUGUUUGAAGAUGAUAAUUAUCAGGAUAAUACAUUUCAUGAUUCUUCUUCGUCAAUUCAACAUCAGCAUAGCACAGUGUCCAUGAAGGAAACAGCAUCUGUCCCCAGUGAAUGGAUCAAAUUUGAUGAUCAGCCCUGGCCUAUUCUUUCGCCACUUCGCCCACAAUCAACAGGUUCAAAAGAACCUCCUACUUCAGAAGAAAGCUGGACUACUCAAUCUGAGGAGCCCAGCAAUCUGAGUUUGGCUCUAUCCUACACAGAUCUGCACUCGAUUGAAACAGAAGAUUUGCCCAGUAACAGUAUUUCCAGACCUGACUCUCCAGAAACUUGCUCGUUUUAUCAUGAUCAUAAUGAAACAAAUGUGGAAUCAAUGAACAGACAUCUAGAUAACACACAACUGAAUGAAGGCAGAAUGUCAACAGCACGCUUUUCAACCUGGGUCACUUUUGACGAUGACCCUGAACCAACACAAAAGUCACUUUCAAAAUUGGGAAAUUCUCAUUGCUAUGUAGAUCAAGAAAAAGUCAAGCCAUCCUUUGGGCCUAAAGGUGAUGUAGAAAAGGCAGCAUCAACAAAUAAUCUGUUGGAUUUUUCAACCGAGGAGAAGAAUGAUGUGUUUUCGCUAAAUAGACCUGCUACAAAUCCCUAUUCACCACCACGUACCACGAACCCAUUUUUGGAUGAAGCUCUACGUGAUGUCCAGCCAUCACCAAUCAACCCAUUUCAAGCAUUCUUUGAACAAAAGGAAAGUUCUGUUGUAAUCAAUUCAUCACAAAACAACUCUCAGAUCUGUCAGCAGGUAAAUGGAUCUGACUCUCCAUUUGGUGGUGCAAACAUCGUUAGGCAAAUAGAUUCUACUAUGACAUCCAGCAGAAAUCAAAAUGAUCAAUGGAAUUCAGCUGAUUUCCAGAAUUCUUCAGAUUUAGUGUCACUAUUUUCUGAUAUAAAGAUAAAUAAUCAAGAUGAUUCUGUUUUCAGAAAUUCAGCACUCUCAGUUUCUGAUAUAAAAGUCAAUAACCAAAGGGAAUCUUUUGUAUUCACUGACGCCAAGGAUCUUAUUUCCUCACUAUCUGAUGUAAAAGCCAAUAUACAAAAGAAUUCUGCUGUUUUUGAGAGUUCUCUAGAUCCAGCCUUUCAAUUUCCAGCUGCAGAUGUGGAUAAUCAAAAGGACUCAGUUUUCAGAAGUUCAUCAGAUUCUGUUUCCCCACCUUCUGAUAUGAAAAUCAGUAGCCAAACAGAUUCUGUCAUGACAUUUGGUCAUUCUCCAGACUCCCCAUUUCCUUGCUCUUACAUCAAUGGUCAAAGAGACUCUAUUAUUUUCAAUAAUUCUCUAAAUCCUACGUUUAUAGAUGACUCAAUGAAUUGCACCCUUCAAAAUAAAGUAGUUUCUCAACUCAAGCAAAUCAAUAUUAUGGAUCCAGAUCAGGUUAACUGCCCUACCUUAGCCGAUGACCCCUUCAACUCUCUAGAGGCAGAAAGCUAUGCGGAUGACCUUUUCCGUGUUCCACCUAGAGAUGGGUGGACAAUGAUGUUGCGAAUACCUGAGAAAAAAAACAUAAUGUCAUCAAGACACUGGGGUCCUAUAUAUGUAAAAAUGCUAGAUAAUGCAUGUUUACAGCUCUUCUAUGAAAAAGGUCUUGAAAAGCCUUUUAGGGAGAUCCAGCUUCAGACUUUCCAUGAGCUGUCUGAGCUCAAACUUCAGAACUUUGAUGAAAAUGGAAAAAUACAUACUAUAAGAAUAGAUCAAGUAUUAUAUAGGGAAAAGCGUAAGUACCAUCCCUUGUCAACAGUAGUUCAGGCACCUGUUAGGGUGCAGGUAAUCAAACUGGGCACCACCUGUUAUGAAGAUUAUGUAAGCUUUGUAACCACAGUUCAAGAUACUCUAAUGAAACUGCCAAGUACCAGAGAGAUUUGUGCCAAUUACAUUGAAGAGGAAAUAACAGUGGAAGUACAAGAUGAAUUUCGAGGUAUUGUGGCCAAAGGAGACAACAAGUUUGUCCAACACUGUGUUGUCACUCAUAUCAAUAUUCUGGCUUUUGUUUCUGGGAUGCCAGAAUGUCGAAUAGGCCUCAAUGAUGUUCAGAUGAAAGGAAAUGAAGUUGUUUCAAGGCAUGACAUUAUUCCCACAACCACAACCAAGUGGAUUAAAAUAAAUGACUGUCAGUUCCACAAAUGUGUUGAUAUUGAUGAAUUCAAUAAUUCCAGAUUAAUAAAAUUUUUACCAUUGGAUGGUCAUAAAUUUGAGUUGAUGCAUUUCAGGACUACUUUUAGUGAGAAGGCUCUUCCAUUCUCCCUGAAAACUUUGGCUUCUGUUAAGGGGGCUGAAGUGGAACUUCAAUCUUGGUUGGUGAUGUCAUCGGGAUUUGUGCCCAAUCGAGAUCAGCUUGCCGCCAUGCCUUGUGAAAAUGUGAUGAUUCGAUACCCUGUCCCAGUGGACUGGGUUAAGAACUUCAGGCGAGAAGGUGUCUUGCGAGAGAAGUCGCUGAAAGCUAGAGUGAAUAGGAGUGCCAGCUUUGGUAGUGCAAGCGUGUCUGGCUCUGAACCUGUAAUGAGAGUAACACUGGGAAGUGCCAAGUAUGAACAUGCUUUUAAAUCUAUUGUAUGGAGAAUCAAUAGGCUUCCAGACAAAAAUUCAGCUUCAGGACAUCCACAUUCCUUUUACUGCCACCUUGAACUAGGAUCUGAUCGGGAAGUGCCCGCUAGUUUUGUCCACUAUGUGGAUGUGGAAUAUGACAUGCCAUGUACGUCAGCAUCAAAAACCACAGUUAGGUCGAUCACAGUAGCUGACAAGACAGAUGUGAGAAAGUGGGUUGUUUACAAAGCACACUACAAUUAUCAGGUGGAAAUUGAACAGAGGAGGGUUCGGGCUGCGAGUGGGGAUGGUAUGGAAACUGAUCAUCCAAACGAAUGUGCUCAACAGUGAAGCAAUCCACGUGCAGAAACCAUGCCAUUACACUGCCAUGUCGGUGUGCCUGUCUGGCAGGUAGCACAUUGCCAUCUUUGCGCAAAUUUCAACAUUUCAAUUCCUGAAGAGACCAAAAGAAAAAGGAAUUUUAAUUGUUGCAUUUGCUGGAUUUAAUAACUAAAAAUGUUGGGACAAAAUCUACUGAUUGAACUCCUCAGUGUGUAUUCUAUGUGGAGUACUGCAUCUUCUCAUCAAAUACCACAUAAUCAAUCUUGGUUUCUUUCUUGGACGUACUUAGAACUUGAGCAAGGACUGAACUAGGUCUCAUUGUUGGGAAACUCUUGGGCUUGCUGUGCACCUUUUCUUUUUUCCUUUUCUGAAAACACAGAAGGAGAUAGUUACGUGGCUGCAGGCAGCAGGUCACCUUCUCCUGUCAUCCUGUUCGGCACUUGUGCAUCGGAGAUUGAGAUUUUCUGAUUAAGAAGGGUUUACUGGUCCUUUUGUGGGUUGUUCUACAAUGAAAAAGAAAUUAAAGAUGCAUUGUUUCCUUUUUAAAAUUCUACUGAGAUUGUGAAAUUUCAAAAAAAAAUCACGUUUUUUGUUUGAAAAUUUGAAAUAUCUUUAGAUAAAUGAAAUGUGCUCUGACUUUAGGAAGGAAUUUCUUGCUGUAGCAAAAGGCAAAAUUAAUAGGAUAUUGCAUUUUUGUAUUCCUCGUGUACUACUUGGACUCCUUAGUAACCUGACUAGUUAUUGGGUAAAUGCAUUACCUGGAGUUCUGAGCCUUACACAUGGGAUAGUCAGUGAUGCCAAGAAUAGGAGUUUGGUAUCCAAAUUUCUGGCCCCUGUCAGUGCUGAUCUUUUCCAGGUACCAAUGGGAUCAGUACAAUCACCUCAGUGUCUUUGGUAUUACUGGUCUUGGUGCCUUUGGGCUAGCAAAAUAAAAGAGUCACAGACAAAUACAGCAAAGAAAUGCGGUCUUUGGCCCACUGAGUCUGGCCAUUUUACACUAGUCCUACCCUACCCAUUUUAUUCUCCCCACAUUCCAAACAACUCUUCCAAUCCUGGAGGAACUCAGCAGGUUGAGCAGCAUCUGUGGAGAAAGGAGUUGUUGACAUUUCAGGUCAAAACACUGCACGAGUUUCAGACAUUACGACUUAUACUAGGGACAGCUUUGCAAUGGGGAAUUAACGCACUAAUCUUCAUUUAUCGUGAGAGGCAGUAAAGACGGUAACCAACAGCAGUGCAGCGGUCACUGAAAUUGCUUUACAGCACCAGCGAUCACUGAUCAGGGUUCAAAUCCUGCACUGUAUAUUCUCCCUGUGACUGUGGGUUUUUUCCAGUUUCCACCCACGUUCCAAAGAUUAGGGUAAGUGAGUUACGCACACCAGAAGCAUGGUGACGCUUGCAGGCUGCCCCAGCACAUCACAAAUAGUGAUGCAAACUUUCAACUGCAAAUUAUAUGUACUGCAUUUCUCAUAGACAGAAUGCUACAGCAUGGUAACAGGCCCUUUGGCCCAGCUAGUCAAUGCUGAACUAUUAUUCUGCUUAGUCCCACCCAUCUGCACACAACCAGAGCUCUCCAUAUCCCUCCCAUCCACAUACCUAUCCAAUUUUCUCUUAAAUGUUGAAAUCAAGCCCGCAUACACUUAUCCUGCUGGCAGCCUGUUCCCGACUCUCACCACCAUCUUAGUUCUCCCCGAUAUUUUGUCAUUGUGCAUUCCUUUUGCCUUACCUGUCUUCUGCAAAAAGUUACAUCUAAAAGGUUAGAAAGGAACUUUCAUAUUUCUUUACAGUGUAGAAGUCCAUUCCCAUCAAUCCCCUUCUGUCAGUUCCUUCCCUAUAGCCCAUACUCCCUUCAACACGCCCUCAUUUUCCUGCCAUGCAUCUCCACAAGGAUAGUUUAACUGUACCUGUUUAACCUAUGAAUAUGUCUUUGGGAUGUGAGAGGAAAAUGGAGUACUCAGGGGCGGUGGGGGGGCCUACGCAAACACAACCGAGAACGCACAAACUCGUCACAACAGCACCGAGGUCAGAUUCUAACUCUGGUCGCUAACUGCUCCCUCACUGGGCUGCUCUUAAAGAGAAAACCUAUUAAUUCUUGGGCUGGGAGCAGGGGGGAUGACUGGGAUAAUUUGAAUUGGUAUCCCAAGGAUUUGGCACUAACACUGAGGGCCAAAUACCACCUCUUGCGGUGCAUAAUCAUAAGAUAUGAUAACAUCACAGCAUUAGUAUCACCAACAAAGAUGUGAGAAAGACUGUGAUCUAAAGAUUAGCUUUACUUGCCACAUAUACACAGAAACAUACAGUAUCAAAUGAAGUCAGAGUGGAUAGUGCUGGGAGCAGCCGCAAAUUUUGCCAUGCUCUAGUGCAUGCUUACAACUCACAACCCUGAACUUGCAACUUUGGAAUGUGGGAGGAAACUGGAGCACCCAGAGGAAACCUACAUAGUCAUGGGGAGAAUGUACGAACUCCUUACACGCAGCAGCCCGAGCUUACUAUUUUACUUACUGGCUGCUGUCUGUUACUCAGAUUGCGCUAACCGCUACGCUGCUCUGCCACCCAACUGGAGCACAAUUUAAGGAGUGAAAGUUGUGGGACUUGCGAAAAUGUUAAUUAAAAGUGUUGCUUUUUUUAUGAUGAUUUGAAUAUUCUGCAGGCUGCUGAACUACCAAGGAGUUACAGGUGACUUAAAAAGGAAUACUUAAGACAGUUUGGAGGGAAAACUAGAAUAUUGAAAUAUCUUUGAAGGUCAUUGUAUAUCAAACAAUAGUAAAUCAAGGUGACUAGACUUGCUGUGUUGUCUAGAAGAUGUUUUGGCACUCGUCCAAGAGGCUUCUUCAGUUCUAAUCCAUGCUGGGUAGUUUUCUGGCUUAUAAACUCUGUGAGUUGUUUAAAGGUAUAGCAAUCAUAUGAGGGUCGUUAAGAGUCAUAGAGGUAAUUAGGCUUAUCUUUGCAUAAAUGAAAGUAUGAACUGUUGUGGAGAUACCGGGAUAAAGAUGUUAGGACUACAUUGUAGGUAGCUGAAAGGUGGUGUCGUACCCCACCUAUCGAAACAGAAUAUUGAACUGGAACCAUAAUUUGUUGAGCGUUUCUUCAUUAGAUGCACAAUUUUAUAGUGAGGUGUGUUCUUCUGCAGCUGUUUGCCAUGAAUUACAUUUCAGGUGCAGUAGGUGAACAACAUGGAACCAAGUAUACAGUAUCGUUCAGAGGGAGCAGUUUACAAAAGCUCGAUAGUUCCAUAAUAAAACUGAGAAAUGCCUAGUAUGUCAGCACAUGAAAGAAAAGGCUUUCCAGCUGUUAAUCCUUAAAAGGGAUGUUACUCUCCUUUUUGAUAUUUCAAUGUAUCUAAUCUGCUUUAGUGUUUUGACUUUAAUUUUGGAUAUCCACCACUUUACAGUCUGAGGCUAACCUCUUGUACCAUCACAUACAUGCAGGCCCUUUAGUCCAUGCCAAACUAUUAAUAUGCCUGGUCCCAUCAUUCUGCACUCCAUCCCCCUCCCAUCCAUGUACCUAUACAAGUUUCCCUUGCAUGUUGAAAUUGAGCCCACAUCCACCACUUCUCUUGGCAGCUCGUCCCACAUUCUCACCACCUUCUGAGUGACGUAGUUCCCCCUCAUGUUCCCCUUAACUAUUUCACCUUUCACCUUUAACCAAUAAUCUGUAGUUCUAGUCUCACCCAACCUCAGUGGAAAAAGUCUGCUUGCAUUUACCCUAUCUACAUACCCCUCAUAAUUUAGUAUCCCUCUAUCAAAUCUCCCCUUAAUCUCCUGCACUCCAGGGAGUAUGUGCCUCCUAACCACUCAGUCCUAUUCUGCUGGUUUCAAGAUCCUGGGAACAUAUGAUUUUAAAUCUCUAAAAGCCUCUGUAUCCUCCAAUGCCCACUACUCAUCAUACAUGUCCUCCCCAAAAAAGUUAUAUUGUAUCACUCUUGAUUUCAAUCGAUUUUCUACUCUGUUUGGCCACCAUACCCAUAUAUUGAUAACUUCCUGUAGCUGUGACCUUCCUUCCUAUCAACCAAGUGGUGCCCCUAGAUUUAUCCAAAAUAAAAUAUAAAUCCCAAAUUGCCAAGUAACAACCCCAACAGAAAGUGCUGCUCAUACUCCUCCGGUCUCUGAAAUUCCCUUCAACCACUUUUGCCUCUGAAAUGAGUUCUCUCCACUUUUUUCCUGGAUCUCUUAGACCCUCAUUCUUCUGAUCAGUCUGCAACUUGGGAUACCCACCAAAUGGUCUGCCAGAAUUCAUGACUGCUCUAUCAAGUCACCCAUCCUUACUUUCAAGCCUUGGUACUGCCUCAAAAUUACCUUGGUCAGACUAUGAUCCUCCUCAGCCAAGUCUGUGUUGACUUAUGACUAUCCCUGACUAAAUUGUGCAUCUCCAGACACUGAUAUACCAUCCCAACUUGUUCACCACCAAUGUCAAACCAAGACUCAGAGAUAUAUUUUAUCUCAGCUUGGUGAAUAUCCUUCUCUCUCUCUCGGUCCCCACCCCCUUCUAUCUCACCCUCUCUCAAUCCCCCUUUCCCUCACUCUUUCUCACCAUUUAGAUAUUCUAUGGAAAGGGCUUGUUUGACUUUACCUGCUGAUAUUAACCCCUGAAUCUCUUCCAAACUUUUUGCUUUGUUGAAUUGUUCGUGACAGUCACAGGCUUCCCAUUUGUAUUUUUGUGCUCUAUCCUGCCAUGUAUGUUCUGCAAACCCAGCAAGAGUGCAAGAACUCACUUUUUAAUUAUUUAUUCUGAACCUUCUCUCUUUUUUUCCCCUCAUUGGUCUUUAUAUUAAAUACGUCAGACCCCAAUGUUAGGUUUUUAGCUCAGCUGGCUGUAAUAUAAAUACGUACCUGCGUUGCACACUGCCACACCAAGAUAAACCGCAAGGGUUAUAUAGUUGGAGUCUGGGAGUAGGCAGUCCUUUAGGCUUUAGCACCACAGUUAAAUACCCAAUCAUGCCAGUUGAAACAAAGUCAAAGUAAAUUUAUUAUAAAAAUACAUUUACGUCACCAUAUACUACUUUCUUACAGUCAUAUACAAGAAAAUAAAGAAAUGUAAUAGAAUUUAAGAAAAACAAAUGUGCAAAAGAAGACAAAUAGUGGGAAUUAAAAAUAAAUAAAUAAUACUGGGAGCGUGAGUUGUAGAGCCCUUGACAGUGAGUCGGUAGGUUGUGAAAUCAGUUCAAGUUAAGAUGAGUGUACUUAUCCAUGCCAGUUCAGGAGCCUGAUGGUUAUAGGUUAAUAACUAUUACUGAAUGUGGUGGUGUGGGACCUAAGGCCCCUCUGCCUCCUAGAGAACAUAGCUUGGAUGGUGGGGUCCUUGAUGAUUGAUGCUGCUUUCUUGUGGUAGCAUUCUUUGUGUAGUUUUUCUUAAUGGUGGGGAGGGCUUUUCCCGUGGAGGACUGGGUUGUGUCCACCACUUUUUGUAGACUUUUACAUUCCUUGGCAUUGGUGUUUCUGUACCAGGCUGUGAUGCAACCUGUUAGGAUACUCUCCACUGUGUAUUGAAAGAAGUUGGUAAAGUUUGAUGUUCCAUUUAAAAACAUCUGUUGUUGAAGUUUUUGUCCUCCUUUGCCUUGUGGGAUAAAUUGCCUGUCUAUAUAUCAUGGUGAAAAGAACAUACUCCUGUGUGGACAUUUAGCUGAUUGCAUUCAGUUAAAGAAAGAAAUCUCUGGUAAUGACCAAUUUGGAAUGCAUAGAUACAGGAAAACUUUCACUGAAGGUGUAAAGAUCAACUUGCAGCACACUCUGUGUGCAUAGAGGUAGAAUUAAAUACAUUGGAGCAUUUAAAUUCUUAUGUAGGCACUUGGAGGGCAGAGUAAGAGGGAAGGGUUAAAGAAGGUUAAAAGGUCAGCACAACAUCGUGGGCCAAAGGACCUGUACUGUGUGGUAGUAUUCUAUGUUCUACUUUCUAUGCAUGGGGAAGGUAUUUAACAUUUUUUAACAUAAAUUUAAAAUAAGUCAUUUUACUCCAGUCCUAUAUUGGCAGAGACACUAGGAUUCUUCCAACUCUGUCCCCUGAUAUUCCAUCAUUGGCGGUCACCAAACCACAGCAAUUCCACCCCUUGUCCUGCUGGGUCACUCCAUGAAACCUGGACCAUUGCCCAUCUUAACACAUUUCCUAAUGUGACUCGCUGUCAUUUUUUUCCCUGUUAGGGCACCAGUGAAGCCCCUUGGAACAUUUGACUGCUUUGAAGUGCCAUAUGAUUUUUAUUUUAGGGUUAUGAAAAUUAGUUUGAUUAAUUUUUUUAAAAGAAAGAAAGAAAGAUCAAUGCUAGGCUACCAACAAAAUACAUCUGUCAAUACUCUUUGCACUUCUAUCUGUUUUAGGUGUAUGGUAAUGAAACUUCCAUAUGUAACUGGUGAUUAUUGUAUUUUUAAAUAAACGUUUGGAGUGGCCAGCAUUUUCUGAAUCCCAAGUGCAUUCCUCACUAGCAAUUAGGAUUCUUUUAGUGGAUUGUUUUAAUUACACCAUGUUUGUUUAAAAAAAGGACAUGAGCAGAUUCUGUUCUAAUCAGAAGACAAAACAUCCUUCAACUUUCACUUGUGCUGUAUUGAGUGAAAUUUAAUACAAAUUACAAAAAUUUUGUAUCCACUACUUACGCUGGCAGCGUGUUUCACACACACAAAUCUCACAACAUCCUGCUCAAAUCCCCCUUAAAUAUUUCAUCUUUCACCCUUAACCUAUGACCUUUAGUUCUUGCCAUGCUUCAGUACAAACAGUUGGGCAUUCUCCAAAACCCUUCCAAAUCUGGUCAUUCAAAUAAUAAAGAUGAAUAACAACUCAAUAAACCAGAAAUGGAAAACAAGGAUGUAAUGCACAUUUCACUGCACACGACCCCUCAGGAUAAUGAUCAAUUUUCUGUGAUCAGGCUGGCAAGAAAAUGGCAAAGCACCAAUUAAGGAACCUGAAACCACGGACAAGAAGCCAAGAUACUGAGGUAAGAGGAGCAUUUUCUGAGAAAUGCACUUGAAGGAAAACCUGGCACCUUCGAUUCCCAGGAAAUGAACUGGGAAAUGUAGUAUUCACAGCGCAUUCCCAAUCCUUCAGUGGACUUGCCUUGUGAAAGACCCACAGUAUUGGUGAGCCUUGAACAUGCUGAAGAACCGAUGUUAAACAGGAUUGAUAAACUGUGGCCAAAGAUAAUCGAGGGCAUUCUGACUGGUUGUGCCACAGCCCGGGAAGGAGGCUCCAAGGCUCCAAUGCAUUGGAUCAUAAGGGACUGUGGAGGUACACGCAGCCAGCUCUAUCAUGGGCACAAGCAUCUCCACCAUUGAGGGCAUAUUAAAGAGGUGGUGCCUCAAGAAUAUGGCAUCCAACACUAAGGACCCUCACCAUCUGGGAUAAGCCCUCUUCUCGUUACUACCACAGGGGAGGGGGUAGAGGAGCCUGAAGACCCACACUUAAUAAUUGAGGAACAGCUUCUUCCCCUCCACUAUCAGAUUUCCGAACAAUCCAAGAACACUACCUCACUAUUCCUCUUUUGUGUCAUUUAUUUAUAUUUGUAACUUU